AUGGCUAUCAAAUUAGACAUGUCCAAAGUUUAUGAUAGGGUGAAAUGGGUGUUCUUGGCUAAAAUGAUGCAGAAAAUAGGAUUUUGUCCUAUGUGGAUUCUGUGGAUUAUGGAGUGUGUUACCAGUGUCACAUAUUCUGUUAACAUUAAUGAGGAAAAAAUUGGUUUUAUUAAGCCUGCUAGGGGACUGAGACAAGAGGAUCUUUUAUCCCCUUAUCUGUUCCUGAUUUGUGCUAAAGGACUGUCUUCUUUGAUUAACCAAACUAAUUCACAAGGUUUGUUGACAGGUAUGAGAGUAGCUAAGGGGGCUGUUAGAUUAUCCCACUUAUUUUUUGCAGAUGAUUAUUUGAUUUUUUGUAAGGCAAAUGAUGAGGAGGCAAGGUUGAAGGGAUGGAAGGAGAAGCUGCUGAGUCAAGCUGGAAAAGAAGUAUUACUAAAGGCUGUCAUUAUGGCAUUGCCUACAUAUGUGAUGUCUGCUUGCUUGCUGCCAAAGGCUGUGUGUAAGGAAAUAUGUUCAGAGAUGGCAAGGGAGUUGCAUGAAUUUAACUUGGCUUUAUUGGCAAAGCAGUUGUGGAGAAUUCUUACAAAACCAAACUUACUGAUGAGUAAGAUUAUGAGGGCCAGAUACUUUAAAGGGAUAUCCAUAUGGAGGACAAAGAGUGUGGGGGCUGAAUCAUGGUGCUGGAAAAGCUUGCUGCAGGCUAAGUGCCUUUUGGAAGAGGAGGUAAGGAAGCAGGUAGGGAAUGGUAAAUCUAUCAACAUUUGGAAGGACAGAUGGCUUCCAGAAACUGAGUAUGGAAGAGUGAAGACUAGGAAAGAGGAGGGGGUAAAGGUGCAGAGAGUUUGUGAGCUGAUCAAGGAUGGAGUGUGA